CCAGAAGACCAAUAUCCCAUCAAGGACAAGGACCAAUGCAUUGCCAAGAAGAUGCACUUCCUCUCCUAUCAAGAGACCCUGGGAUACACUUUAACUUCUCUGGCUCUCUUCCUUUCUCUGAUGACAUUAGCCAUAUUGGCAAUUUUCCUUAAGCAACGCGAUACACCGAUUGUCAAGGCCAACAACCGAGAUCUCUCCUACAUCCUCCUGGUCUCCCUCCUACUCUGCUUCCUCUGCUCCUUCCUCUUCAUUGGUCGACCUGGGAAGUUCACCUGUCUCUUCCGACAAACCACCUUUACCAUUCUUUUUUCCCUUGCAGUUUCCUCUGUCUUGGCAAAAACUCUCAUGGUGGUUCUGGCUUUCAUGGCUACCAAACCAGGGAACAAGGCAAGGAAGCUCUUAGGAAAACCACUGACCAACUCCAUUGUCUUAGUCUGUCCUUUGAUACAAGGAAUUCUUUGUGUCACCUGGCUGAUAACCUCUCCCCCAUUUCCCAACUUGGACUUCCACUCCUUGGAAGGAGAGACCAUCUUGGAAUGUAAUGAAGGCUCAACUUCAAUGUUUUAUACUGUUCUUGCCUACCUGGGUUUCCUGGUUUUUAUCAGUUUCACGGUGGCCUUUCUGGCUAGGAAAUUGCCUGACAGCUUUAAUGAAGCCAAAUUCAUUACUUUCAGCAUGUUGGUAUUUUGCAGUGUUUGGAUCAGUUUCCUCCCCACCUACCUGAGCACCAAAGGGAAGUCUAUGGUGGCCGUGGAAAUCUUCUCCAUCUUGGCCUCUGGGGCUGGUCUCUUGGCUUGCAUCUUUUUCCCCAAAUGCUUCAUUAUUCUAUUGAGACCCCAUUUGAAUUGUAGGGAAAAUAUGAUAAGGAACAAAAAUCUCUAA